AUGGAUCCAAGCUUCCAGCAAAAACUGGAGGGUGAGAAGGAACUACUUCGCCGUGCAAUACAGAAAGAACUGAAGAUUAAAGAGGGAGCAGAAAACCUGCGCAAAGCAACAACAGACAGAAAGAAUCUUGUUCAUAUAGAGCAUGUGCUGAAAUCUUCCAACCGAAAACUGGAACAACUGCACUGGGAACUUCAGGAGCUUAAUGCAAGGAUUGUAAUAACAGACAAAGAAGAGAGUAAGACAGAUGGAUCCGCAUCUCCAGAUCCUUGUCUCUGGGAAAGAAACCCAGACCCCAUGGCCAGGAAGGUUGAAGCUUUGAAAAAGCAGCUGCAUGUUGAAAUGAAAGUGAAACAAGGAGCUGAGAACAUGAUCCAAAUGUAUUCCACAUCCAAGGAGCGGAAGCUGCUGGCUACAGCUCAGCAGAUGCUUCAGGACAGCAAGACAAAGAUUGAAAUAAUCCGCAUGCACAUUGUGAAAGUAUCUCAGUCAGCAGGAGGGAUGGAAGAUACAGUGGACCCAGCAGUGAGGAUGGGGACCACCAUCAGUGCAUUGGAGCUGCGUAUUGAGGAGCUGAGACAUCACCUGCGCAUUGAAGCUGCUGUAGCUGAGGGGGCAAAAAACGUGCUGAAGAUCCUAGGAGGGAGUCGGGUGCAGGAUCGCAAGUUUUUGGCUGAGGCUCAGGGUCGUUUGCAAGAAUCCUCUCAGAAGAUUGAUCUGCUGCGCUUGUCCUUGGAACAUCAGCUUAGUGAGCUUUCUCCUGAUCACCCAAAAAGAGCGCUUAUUAAGCAGGAACUAGUAAAUACUUCCUCCCUGGGAGCUCAGCAUGGCAGCAUCCAACCCACUUCAGUCAUCAAACCUACAGCCCUUACAGGAACAUUGGAAGUGAGACUGAUGGGCUGUCAGGAUCUGUUGGAAAAUGUUCCAGGACGCUCCCGAAUGACUAGUUCUUCUCCCAUCUGUGGCAGCCCAAGUGAUUUGAGGUCUCUGUCCCGAACACGAGUGGGCCUGGGCCGCAGUGGUGCAGGAAAGUACCUGCGGAAUGAAGAGCCAUGUAAUGAGGUCCUUGCUGUGCUCAAAGUGGACAAUAAAGUGGUUGGCCAAACAAACUGGGGACCAGUUAAUAACCAGGCAUGGGAUCAGAGCUUCGUCAUUGAGCUGGACCGGUCUCGUGAGCUAGAAAUUGCAAUUUAUUGGAGAGACUGGAGAGAACUAUGUGCAGUGAAGUUUUUACGUUUGGAUGAUUUCCUUGAUAACGAACGUCAUGGGAUGUGCCUCUCACUCGAACCCCAAGGAAUGCUUUUUGCAGAGGUGAUGUUCUGUAAUCCUGUCAUUGAGAGAAAGCCAAAACUGCAGCGACAGAAACGCAUUUUCCCCAAACAGAAAGGGAAGGAAUUUCUCCGAGCUCCUCAAAUGAACAUAAAUGUUGCUGCUUGGGGUCGCCUGAUGAUGAGUUUCCUUCCUCCGUGUAGUUCCAUGAGCACGCUAAGUCCCCCACUUCAUGACCCCAUUCACACAGACUUCUCUCCAGUUCCCCCACAAAGUCAUGUUGAUUCAGUUGACUUUCCUGUGGCUAAGCUUACAUUUGCUGAUGAAGCACCACCCAAGCCUCCACGACUUUUUUUGAUGGCCAACUCCAAAGAAUCAACACCGCCUCCUGCAGAUUCUCCGGUGAUGACCAACUGCAAGAAGUUAUCUGUAGUUAUGUUGGAUCAUAACAGAGGAGAAAAUUUGGAUGCGGGUGUUCAGUGUCUGAAGAGGCUGCAUGUUGAGAAGUCUUGUGGCUCUGCACUAACAGAAUUUCCAAUCCCAGCAUCUCCAAGGAAAAGGACAGUUCAGCUUGAGGAUUUUCACUGCAUAGCCAUGCUGGGACGUGGCCACUUUGGGAAGGUACUGCUGGCCCAAUAUAAGGCAACUGGGAAGCUGUAUGCUAUCAAAGCCUUGAAGAAAAAAGAUAUUAUUAGGAGAGAUGAAAUUGAUAGCUUGAACUGUGAGAAGCGAAUAUUUGAAGUGGUCAAUUCUUCUGAUCAUCCAUUCCUUGUGAACAUGUUUGCAUGCUUCCAGACACCUCAUCAUGCUUGUUUUGUGAUGGAAUAUACCCCGGGUGGUGAUCUUAUGAUGCGCAUACAUGAAGAUGUCUUUCCGGAGCAUGUAGCACAGUUUUAUACAGCCUGCGUAGUCUUGGGGCUCCAGUUCUUGCAUGAGAAGAAAAUUGUUUAUAGGGACCUGAAAUUGGAUAAUCUGCUUUUAGAUGCUGAAGGGUUUGUGAAGAUCGCAGAUUUUGGGUUGUGUAAAGAAGGAAUAGGUUUUGGAGACCGCACAAACACCUUCUGCGGCACUCCUGAAUUUCUGGCUCCAGAAGUCCUGACGGACAUUUCAUACACUCGGGCAGUAGACUGGUGGGGACUGGGUGUUCUCAUUUAUGAGAUGCUUGUUGGUGAGUCACCAUUCCCUGGAGAUGAUGAGGAAGAAGUCUUUGACAGUAUUGUCAACGAUGAAGUCCGAUAUCCACGAUUCCUUUCAUCUGAGGCACUUUCUAUAAUCCGUAAGCUUCUUCGGAAAUGCCCAGAGCGUAGACUGGGAGCAGGGGAAAAAGAUGCAGAAGAGAUUAAAAUCCAGGCCUUUUUUAAGGAAAUUGAUUGGGAUGCCUUGUUUGCCAGAACUCUGAAGCCCCCUUUUGUGCCCACUUUAAGAGAUCCCACUGACAUUAGCAAUUUUGAUGAGGAGUUUACAUCACAAAAGCCGAUCCUUACUCCUCCAGAGGAGGUUGCUCUCCUAACCCGUAAGGAGCAGACUGUCUUCAAGGACUUUGACUUUGUCUCACAACACCUUUUAAAUGUUUGAUUCCUGUGCUAUAAGAAACAUGAACGGAUUGUUACCACCUUGAAAGCAUGUAGAGAGGACUUGGCAUGGGCAAUGGAAAAGUCAACAGAAUUUGUAGCACUGGUAGUGUUGAUGACCCCAGGAAGAGAGUGCCCUGCAAGUUAAGUUAACCUACUGUGGGUUUUUUCAGCCUCAUUUG